AUGCAAAUGAUGAGAAAGCUUGCACCGACUGGAAUUGCUGCUGCUGAAAUAGAUGGAAUGACAAUUCAUUCAUUUUUGGGCGAACAACGCAAUUCAAGAAAGCCACGAACUAUUAAACCAGGUGACUCAAAACUUGAAAAAGAAUGGAGACCAGUCGAAUAUCUUUUAAUUGAUGAGAUGAGUAUGGUUGGUUUAACUCUACUAGCAAAACUCAACCGAAUUAUUUCUACUGCAAAACAUGUCGAUUCUCAAGUUCCAUUUGGUGGUGUAAACGUUAUCUUCUUUGGUGAUUAUUUACAAUAUCGACCUGUAUUUGAUGCACCAUUACACACCGAUUUCACAUUAUCAUCUAAAAGUAAAUCGUGCAAGUUACCUACAGAAAAAGAAAUUCAACAGCGUGUUGCACGAUCUUUAAUACUUCAAAUUAACUGUGUGGUAAAACUUACGCAACAGAUGCGAACAGAAGAUUCACGGUACCUUCAGCUACUCGAACGUCUUCGUCAUGGACAAUGUAAUUAUGACGACUAUGAAUUAUUGCUUACACGAGUGGUUGGGCAACCAUCAGUAGACUCUCUCUGUGAUUCACCAUGGAAUAAAGCUCCGAUCCUUGUGUUCCGAAAUGAAGUACGAACACAAUUGAACAACAAGGCAGCAAUUCACAAUGCAGCUCAAUUAGGCCGCGUCCCAAUGGUAUGCGUCGCUCAAGACACUUCAAGACAGAGCAUUUACCUGGUUUAUUACCCUUUUGUUCCUGGAAUGCCUGUUAUUUUAACACAAAACAUUGCUAUUGAACUUGGUCUUAUUAAUGGUAUAAAUGGAAUCUUUCGUCAAUUAGUCUACCAGUCAGAUUCUGUAUCAGCAGAUGUUUUAUCGGAAAUAUUUCCAAAAAAUACACAAUACAUUCAUCGGCCAUUAUAUGCAUUAAUAGAAAUUGCUAAAUCAAAAGUUGAUUCCAAUCUUGAAGAACUUCAACCAAAACUUAUCCCAAUACCAGGAAUGGAACAAACAUUUCGGAUAGACAUUUCUGAUAUUCUUCCAAAAGACAAGAAACCAAAAUCAAA